AUGUCCGGACUCGAGGCCGCCGGCGUCAUCCUGGGCGCCUUACCUUUGCUCAUCGAUGGCUACGAUAGGGUGAUAGCGCCAUUCAAAGCCUAUCAAAAAUUCUCCUCAAAGUUCAAGGCUUUCCACGAUGGCUUCGAAGUGCAAAGGACAAUCUUUCGCACCGAGUGUAUAUUGUUGCUGGCGCCCGUCACCACCAGGGCCUUGGCGGUUACGAUGCUGAACGAUACUCUGCAUCCUUCCUGGGGCGAUGAGAAUCUAAGUGAACGUUUCAAUGCGCAACUCGGGUCAUUGGGUUCUGCCUGCAAGACAACAAUCCAAAUGAUCGACAGAAAACUCCAAGAGAUCGAGCAGAAGUCCAAGGAGUUCGAAGGCAUUGUUUUCCCGUCCACAUCGCAACAAACCCUCUCCGGGAAAGAUUGGAGAAGGGCAGUAGGCAAGAAGUUCAAGUUCAGCUUUCGUUCCGAUAAUAUACUACGAAAAUCCCUGGAAGAGCUUAUGAAGCUCAACGACACAUUCAGGAUCCUAUCGUGUCAAGUCGUUCGACUUGAGACAGAAUGGCCUUUAUCAAGUCAAGAUUCAAGGCUAGACACCAAAAUGGCGGCUAGUUUGAACCGAUUUCGCGUCAUCCGGGACGCCUCAGAGCAUCUGUAUGAGUCGCUGUGCAAAGCCUGCAAUACCGACCACGAGCAUCUGGCUCGGUUUUCUUUAGACGUCGAAAAAAGAUUUCCAGCCACUGGUUGCGGCAGUGUUCGAUUCUGCCUGUCGUACAUGAUUCUCUCUGAAAGGAGCAAAAUUUCCACACCAGCAGUUAUAUCGGAUCAGUCCCGGACAGGAGGGCAGACUAGCAGUGUCAAUACCUCGACACAGUCUCAGGGAAAUGGUCAACGAAUGAAGAGUGGUGUGUGGCUUGAUAUUGAGUCCGUGCGGCAACCUCCUGUUUCAGACCACUCUACUGGCAUAUCACUUUCUCAUAAUUUGCCUGGUACGAGUCUACCCUCCUCUGCCGUCACAACCAGCAAACCUGUUAUACUUGGAAGAGGAGAAAACCUUUGUACAGAGCUCACAAUCUCUUCGUUGGAUCCAAGUAGCGUCCCGACGGCCCCGGCGCAAAAUUCGACAAUUGCUCUGUGGAAUGUGGGGACUUUCCAACACUUUCUUCAUCGCUCACCAAGUACCGACCCAGAUGCGAUUCCGCUUUCAAGACGGCUCUCUCAGUUGCCUAAGCGCGGUCAUGACAUGAACCUGCCGGAAUACCAGCGGCUGAGCCUGGCCAAAGUACUCAGCGGCGCUGUUCUGCAGCUUCAAGGCACUCCGUGGCUCUCAGAAUCUCUUCUCAGCCACAACAUCUUGGUCUUAGAGUUGGCAAGAGAAACUCAAUUCAGGCCGUCGUCAUACGGCGACCAACAUUUCUCACUAUUCAUCGACGUUCCUUUGAGACUUGACACUUUUGGAAUGCGUGGCGAUUUGGACGUUUCAGGCACAGCAAUGAUUUCAUCCCGAAGUCAGUUCUCCAGCAGACUUCCCAGCGUGGCCCCAAACGACUUUCUCUAUCAUCUCGGAAUCCUCCUCCUCGAGCUAGCCUACCACACAUCAUUUGACAACCUAGUUGCAGAAGUCCGUCAAGAUGAUGCCAUUCCACUGCCACUCUCAGCAGAUGAUCGUACGGCAGAAUUUCAGAUUGCCUGUCGACUGGCCGACAAUGUAGGCACCUCGAUGGGAUCCAGUUACGCACGUAUCGCAAAGAAAUGUAUUCGUUGUGAUUUUGGGUGUGGUGAGACUCUUGAGGAUGUGGCUCUUCAGAGGCGAGUUUACCAGGAUGUAUUCUGCACCCUUGAAUCCUUGGAGACAGGGUUUAAAAAUCUUCAAACUGCGGUCCCUGCCAUCCCCUGA